AUGUCUCCUCCCGCUCCCUUCCCCAAUAGCCCCUCGAACCCACGCAAACCUCUCGAGAGCCAGACAAACGCGGGACCGUCCAGGUUUGCCUAUCAGGACCAGCAUCGCAUUAAGGGGCUCUCAUCAUCCGUGAUCAGGGCUACCAGCCACCACUUCCCCGCUGUCCCUCCCGUUGUCGCGUUCACCGGCCCUGUUGUCGGUUCCGGCCGCACACUGCUACGAAAGGAGUCUAUUCCAGGACUCGACGGCGUCCAGUUGAAGUGCUGUGGCUUCGUCCAACUUUCUACGUUCAUUGCCCCUGGAAACCCUGACAAGACUCCCUUCAAAGGCUUCCAUCCAUUCCAGGUUUUUGUUAUCUUCCCCAUCCAUGCCAAUCCUUGGGCAGCCCUGUGCAAGAAAAUGGUCGAGAGACAGGACACCCAGUUCCAGACUAACGCGCUUUUCACUUGCACGGGCAAAGUUGCCGGCAUGCUCGACUACAUCAUCAUGGUGCACCCGCCUGGCUUUGACCGGGACUACGUUUUCAUCGUCGUACCAGAUACCUGGACCUUUCUCGACAGGGCCACGCCCAAAUCGGCCGCCGCAGCCCUAUCACUCUCGACCCCACCGAAACAACCUUCACCAAUCCCCUUCGCUCGAACCGAAUACACCACCGGCCAAGCGAACAAACUCUUACUGCAACCAGACCCCUACGAAGAAACGGCGCCUAUCCCCGGCCUCUUCUAG